CACAGUAUUAAGGAGCAUAGGGGACUCAUUUACUCGCACACUGAAGAAGGACGUAAAGGUUCUUUUGGGCUGGGUUGCCCUGACGGGGUCAGGCAGGAAGAUAAAUCAAGCCUAUUGGUCUGCUUUUCCCCUCUCUGGUGCCCACGAUGGCAGCUGAUUCCUACGACCCUGUCUCCUUGCGUAACAAGUCGAAGAAGAGAAGUCGAGGGGAUGGUGUAACAAUGAGCAGGCGGAGGAUAUCGUGUAAGGAACUGGGACAAGUGGACUGCCAGGGGUGGCUCUAUAGGAAGAGAGAAACCAAGGGCUUCAUAGGAAUCAAAUGGAAAAAGUACUGGUUUGUGCUAAAGAGAACCUCUCUGUACUGGUACAGCAGCCACACGGCAGAGAAAGCAGAAGGGUUCAUAAACUUGACUGAUUUUACUGUGGAUCAGGCAACAGAAUGCAGAAAAAAGCAUGCGAUAAAGGCCAGACACCCUCAGAUCAGGACAUUCUAUUUUGCAGCUGAGUCUCCUGAAGAAAUGAACAAAUGGCUUAAGAAACUUAAGAAAGGACUGGCUUCAAUCAGGUGUGAGCCACCAGCUGAAGUGAGUCAAGACUGCUGGAGUGAAAGUGAUCAUGAAGAGUCACACCUGACAGCCGCCACACCACCUCCACCCUAUUCAAUGGACUCUGCAGUUAAACCUGAGGAAACCCUCCCGCCCCUGUAUUCCUCAACUCCUCCUGGUGCAGCCCCUGGCCUCAAUGCCUCCCCCAGCAGCACCCUUACAUCUCAGGGGUCUGAUGCUUCUGUCUCUAAAGCCGUCUGUGAGGAUCGCCAGUCAUGGCUCGACAUCAGUAACAGCUCACAAGCCUCCAGUGCUGGGCAGUCGCUCACCUGCUCUUUGCAGAUUCACUCCAAACACCCUCAGCCUGACAGCAGUGAUCCCGCGGGGGACUCUUCACUAAAUCCAAUAAGCAGAUCUCGGGACUCUCUCCAUGAAGAGCUGCUCAACCCCACCAGCUGUGCAGACCCUGAGAAUGAGGUCUCUUUGCCUGGAUCUGUGGAAAGUGUUCCAGAAUCGGCCUCUUCGGAUGAAAUGGAAAAACUGUACAAGUCCUUGGAACAAGCAAGCUUGUCUCCAAUUGGUGAGCGCAAGCCUUCAACCCGGAAGGAGUUUAGGAAGUCUUUUAUUAAGCGCUGCAAAAACCAAGCUGUCAACGAUAAGCUGCACCAGAUCAGGACCCUCAACAGUACUCUAAAGGCCAGAGAAGAUGAUUUAAUGACGAUUGCGCAGGUUUUGGAGAAGCCCAGUCUGACAGCACAGGAGUAUCGGGAGUGGAAGGCAAUCAAUCUGCUGUUACUGCAGGAGAUCUGUCAGAACUACCAGCCUCACACUGAGGGAGAACCCAAAGCUCCAGACCCAGCCUCCACACCAGCAUCACACUGAGGGAGAACCCAAAGCUCCAGACACACAGCCUCCACACCAGCCUCACACUGAGGGAGAACACAAAGCUCCAGACCCAGGCUCCACACCAGCAUCACACUGAGGGAGAACCCAAAGCUCCAGACCCAGCCUCCACACCAGCAUCACACUGAGGGAGAACCCAAAGCUCCAGACACAGCCUCCACACCAGCCUCACACUGAGGGAGAACCCAAAGCUCCAGACACACAGCCUCCACACUAGCAUCACACUGAGGGAGAACCCAAAGCUCCAGACACAGCCUCCACACCAGCAUCACACUGAGGGAGAACCCAAAGCUCCAGACACACAGCCUCCACACCAGCCUCACACUGAGGGAGAACCCAAAGCUCCAGACCCAGGCUCCACACCAGCAUCACACUGAGGGAGAACCCAAAGCUCCAGACACAGCCUCCACACCAGCCUCACACUGAGGGAGAACCCAAAGCUCCAGACACACAGCCUCCACACUAGCAUCACACUGAGGGAGAACCCAAAGCUCCAGACACAGCCUCCACACCAGCAUCACACUGAGGGAGAACCCAAAGCUCCAGACACACAGCCUCCACACCAGCCUCACACUGAGGGAGAACCCAAAGCUCCAGACACACAGCCUCCACACUAGCAUCACACUGAGGGAGAACCCAAAGCUCCAGACACAGCCUCCACACUAGCAUCACACUGAGGGAGAACCCAAAGCUCCAGACACACAGCCUCCACACCAGCAUCACACUGAGGGAGAACCCAAAGCUCCAGACACAGCCUCCACACCAGCCUCACACUGAGGGAGAACCCAAAGCUUCAGACCCAGCCUCCACACCAGCAUCAAACUGAGGGAGAACCCAAAGCUCCAGACACAGCCUCCACACCAGCCUCACACUGAGGGAGAACCCAAAGCUCCAGACACACAGCCUCCACACCAGCAUCACACUGAGGGAGAACCCAAAGCUCCAGACACAGCCUCCACACCAGCAUCACACUGAGGGAGAACCCAAAGCUCCAGACACACAGCCUCCACACCAGCCUCACACUGAGGGAGAACCCAAAGCUCCAGACACACAGCCUCCACACCAGCAUCAAACUGAGGGAGAACCCAAAGCUCCAGACACAGCCUCCACACCAGCCUCACACUGAGGGAGAACCCAAAGCUCCAGACACACAGCCUCCACACCAGCAUCACACUGAGGGAGAACCCAAAGCUCCAGACACACAGCCUCCACACCAGCAUCACACUGAGGGAGAACCCAAAGCUCCAGACACACAGCAUCCACACCAGCCUCACACUGAGGGAGAACCCAAAGCUCCAGACCCAGCCUCCACACCAGCAUCACACUGAGGGAGAACCCAAAGCUCCAGACACACAGCCUCCACACCAGCAUCACACUGAGGGAGAACCCAAAGCUCCAGACACAGCCUCCACACCAGCCUCACACUGAGGGAGAACCCAAAGCUCCAGACCCAGCCUCCACACCAGCCUCACACUGAGGGAGAACCCAAAGCUCCAGACCCAGCCUCCACACCAGCAUCAAACUGAGGGAGAACCCAAAGCUCCAGACACAGCCUCCACACCAGCCUCACACUAAGGGAGAACCCAAAGCUCCAGACACACAGCCUCCACACCAGCAUCACACUGAGGGAGAACCCAAAGCUCCAGACACAGCCUCCACACCAGCAUCACACUGAGGGAGAACCCAAAGCUCCAGACACACAGCCUCCACACCAGCCUCACACUGAGGGAGAACCCAAAGCUCCAGACACACAGCCUCCACACCAGCAUCAAACUGAGGGAGAACCCAAAGCUCCAGACACAGCCUCCACACCAGCCUCACACUGAGGGAGAACCCAAAGCUCCAGACACACAGCCUCCACACCAGCAUCACACUGAGGGAGAACCCAAAGCUCCAGACACAGCCUCCACACCAGCCUCACACUGAGGGAGAACCCAAAGCUCCAGACACACAGCCUCCACACCAGCAUCACACUGAGGGAGAACCCAAAGCUCCAGACACACAGCCUCCACACCAGCAUUACACUGAGGGAAAACCCAAAGCUCCAGACCCAGCCUCAGACCCGCCCAAUACAUUCUGGGCCCUUGCUGCCAUUUCACUUUGUGGAGAAACAAAGCGGUGACUUCAUCAGAACAUUUGUGACAAAAAAUUUGAGAGCUUGUCUGGAUAAUCUUAAAAUAACUAGUUUAGCCAAAAAAAGUUUUAAACAGUUACGUCUGUGCUUUUUUUCCCUUCAUCAUAUUUUUAUACAUGUGUUUUUUCUGAAGUUGUCAUACAACUUCACUGGAUCAGUGUGGACUGUUUCAUUAAAACCCCAUGCAUUCAGUGAGAGAGUAUUCAAAUAGCAUGCUUGUCUUGGUGACUAGGCUGUGUGGUAUUGCACAGACAGCAUGCAUGCAGACGUUUUCUUAUUUCAAACUGUUGUCAUAUAAUCUUUGUUGACAUAAUAAUUUAUUGUUGUUGUUAUAUAUUUUCAUUUAUGCAUUUGGUGACUUGGACUUGAGUCUUGUUAAUUUAGUGUGUAAAGGUUGGGGGGGGUAGGUUACCAGACGUCCCAGGAAACAGUAACAUUGUCCAGUUGUCCCGGUUUUUACUAUUUUGUGUUCACAUUUUGUCUAGGUACAAAACUGUAGCAGUGUGCUCAGCAAGUUGACAGCACAGUCAUUUAUUAUAUAAAUAAAUAAACUUGUGUAUUAUUUGUUUAAUAAUUCUGAUUAUGUGUUUAAUAAUUAAUAUUCUUUUUAACUUCCUGGACCAUGGCUAUUUAAAAAAUAAAAAUCCUGGAAGAGCCACCAGCCCCUCAUUGCCAUUCUCAUUACUGCCAAUAGUUACCUGGGGCAGCGUUGGGACCACCACACUCAUUUCAACUGGGGUGCUCCGCAGAGUUUUGAAUUGUCUCUUGUUUUCUCCUGCCACCUCUGCCCUUUGUAUAAACACCAGGAUGUACAUUAAUUAAAAAGCACUACAGAGCCCUUGAGAUGUUAUUCUUGAAAAUGUAUGUGCCAUAAAAGUGAAUGUAUCUAGCACUGUGCUGACAGGAUCAAACGCCACUGUGCGAUGCGUACAAUGUGUUUUCUCGUAAGGAAAGCUGUUUCUGCUUUAUGUGGAGUACAGCUGUUUUUAAGUUCAUAGAAAAUGAUGUGAAAGCAGAAAUUGAACUAUAAGCUGAUUGGCAGGUUAUUGAAGUAUUGGUAGAUGGUAUAGAUGGGCUUCUACUGGUAUUGAUAAACAAGGAGACCAUUUUAUCACUUCUGAGCUUUUGGAUGGGGUAGCGUAUUUCCUUUAUUUUAAUCCAGCCCCUCCACUAACUGGCAUUCUGUAUAAUUCGGGCUGAUUUUCAGGUCCCGACCAAGUCCCUGAAUGGUGAAUGGUGUGAUCCCGUCUCCAAGCCGGCAUGAUUUGUAAGUCUUGUCUGUCAAAAACAAUGUAAAUGUGACUGUCCAGCACCAGAUCAGGUGAUUUUUAAUUUCUAAUACUAGAAUAAAAAUAAAAAGCAUGAUUAUUUUGUGUAUGUCAGGGGUGGCCAAAGUAGGCCUGUCUGUUCAACAUCCACCCAGACCCAAGGUAGUUCAUGAUCUCAUUACCUGUUCAACAUCCACCCAGACCCGAGGUAGUUCGUGAUCUCAUUACCUGUUCAACAUCCACCCAGACCCGAGGUAGUUCGUGAUCUCAUUACCUGUUCAACAUCCACCCAGACCCGAGGUAGUUCGUGAUCUCAUUACCUGUUCAACAUCCACCCAGACCCGAGGUAGUUCGUGAUCUCAUUACCUGUUCAACAUCCACCCAGACCCG